AUGGACGCAUCAUCCUCCCCUUCAAAUAUGGACGUCGACGCGCACCAGCAAUCCUCUUCUCCCUCAGAUUCGCCGCUUUCCUCGCCUCUGUCUGUCCUAUCGAAGUCGCCGUCAGUACCGUCAUCCCCUGAAGUCGAUCUCGACGCGUCGAAGCGUUACCCGUCGCCCACCUCCUCCAUGCCUUCAGGCGCACAGUCUCCCGUCAAGCUGGAGAACCCCGACAACUCCGUGCCUGCCAUCAAGCUCGACGACCAAGCUGACUCCAUCAAUGUCACCUCCAGCGACGCCGGCGAACCCCAACCCCCGCGGAAGCGCCGCAAAAUUACCCCUCCCAAGGAGCGCACAACCCAACGCCUUGAUUUGGACACAUGCGCCGAGGACGAUGAGAAUUUGACGCGUCUGGUCUCUGCGCUCAAGAAGAGGAAAAAAAUCGUCGUCAUUGCAGGUGCUGGCAUAUCGGUUUCUGCCGGCAUCCCCGACUUUCGUUCCAAGACGGGUCUUUUCGCGACUUUACCCAACGAACACAAGAUGAAGGGUUCCGGCAAGCAUCUUUUCGACGCGUCUGUCUACAAGCACGACUCCUCCACCGAAAAGUUUCACAAAAUGAUUUGCGACCUAUCCACCAUGGUCAAUACUGCCGAGCCCACUCCCUUUCACCAUCUACUCGCGUCAAUGGCCAUCGAAAAGCGACUACUGCGACUUUACAGCCAAAAUGUUGAUUGCAUCGACACCAACAUGGAACCUCUGAAGACAACUGUCCCUUUGAAUACCAAAGGGCCUUGGCCGAAAACCAUCCAGCUACAUGGCAGCGUCGAACACAUGGUCUGUUCGAAAUGCGGCGAGAUCAAGCGACUAAACACAGAACUUUUCGUGGGUCACGAGGCUCCACUAUGUGCAGUGUGCGAGGAGCAAGAUCACGUACGGGCCAUGUAUGACAGGCGAAGUCACGGCAUUGGGCGCUUGAGGCCCCGAAUGGUGCUCUACAACGAAUUCAACCCGGAUGAGGAGGCGAUUGGGAAGGUUUCUAGUGUGGACCUAAAGUCGCGCCCUGAUGCGGUCAUUGUUGUUGGCACUAGCCUGAAAAUUCCUGGUGUCAGAAGACUCGUCAAGGAGUUGUGUCAGGUGACCCGCAGUCGCAGGGACGGGUUUACUGCGUGGAUCAACACCGACUCCGAACCGCAGCAUAACGACUUUAAAGAUUGCUGGGAUUUGGUGGUUCGUGGAAAGUGCGACGAUGUCGCUCAUUGGGUUGGAUUGCCUCGAUUCGACGAGCCAACACAGAGCGGCGACCCCUAUCUAACCGAGCGGGACGAGCAGCAGCGCAAGGCCAGGAUACUUCGAGACGAGCUUCAGGUCAACAUCGUCUCACCUCCUCCUGGAUCGCCCACCAAAUCCGAGUCUGACUCUGCAGCUGGAAACAAAAAGCGCAAAUUCGUCGACCCAGUUCAGGGCAUUCCGACCCCGACAGCGAGCCCGAAGAUCAAGGCUGCCGACACCGGAAAGAAGCCCGGUAGACCCAAGCAAAGCAAGCUACCUUUCAGUGGCCGCCAAAUCUCGGAGAGCGACGCGUCGGCAAAGAAGGUCAAGAAGGCUACGACCAAGAAGCCUCGCAAAUCCAAUGUCAAGAAGUCGACCGAGCCUCCCAAAAAUGCGCUCAGUCAGACUUUCAAGACCCAGAAGAACCGGGAGCUUGCCGACAUGCCUCAGGAGACCUUGGCCGGCAAGCUGGACAACCAGCACUACAAAUUCGGCGAAGACAAACUUAGUGGCUCGCUUCCGCCUUUGCGACCGGAGGGUCAGAAGCCGGCGAAAAACAUUUACUACCCCGAAAAACCUACAGUCGAAUCCUCACGGGAAGAGAACACGGCCUCGUCAAAGCCUACCCAGAAUAUUUCGCGUCCAACUUUGACAGAACGACCCAAGUCCUCCCCCGGCACCGGCAUCACGUUAGAAAGGACCAAAUCCGAGGUACGACCAGCCACGCCCAUGCAUGAGCGGCGGAAAUCGGCCGAUACCAUCUCACCCCCAUCGCGUCCAAGAGGCAUGGAGGCGUUAGUGGACUGA